GGUGGCUCCUCCCUCACUUCCUGUCUCCUCCUGCCUCCUCUUUUUAACAGCUUUGCAUCACCUCCUGGUUCAGCCUUGUCUUCAAAGUAAGAGAAGGGAGCAGGUCCCAGAUUUUCUAGGAAUCCAAACCACAAUGGCAGCCCAGUACCUCAGCGAACACAGGACCAGCCAUGGGCUUGCAUACCCCGGAGAUUCCCAGCUGAGACUUGUCUUAGUGGGUAAGACUGGGGCAGGAAAAAGUGCAACAGGAAACAGCAUCCUCAGAGAGAAAGUGUUUCUGUCUAUCCCUUCACCUGUAUCCAUCACCAAGCACUGUGAGAAAGGAAACAGCACCUGGAGGGGGAGAGAAAUUGUUGUCGUAGACACACCUGGCCUCUUUGACACAGACGUCCCAGAUGUUGAGACUGUCAAGGAGAUUACCCGCUGCAUGGUGCUGACCUCCCCGGGGCCUCACGCUCUGCUUCUGGUCAUCCCACUGGGCCCUUACACGCCAGAAGACCAGAAAGCCACAGAGAAGAUCCUGACGAUGUUUGGAGAGAGAGCUAGGGAACACAUGAUUCUCUUAUUCACCCGGAAAGAUGACAUAGGCGGCAUGGAUUUCCAUGAUUACUUAAAGUAUGCUCCUACAGCCAUCCAAGAGCUGAUUCGCAAGUUCAGAGAUCGCUACUGUGUUUUCAAUAACAACGCCACAGGAGCUGAGCAGGAGAACCAGAGGGAGCAGCUGCUGGCCCUGGUCCAGGAUGUGGUGGACAAGUGCAAUGGGAGAUACUACACGAAUAGCCUGUAUCAGAAGACCGAGGAGGAGAUUCAGAAACAAAUCCAAGUGUUACUAGAAAAUUACAGAGCAGAGCUUGAGAGAGCGAAAGCUCAGAUAAAACAGGAGUUCGAAGAGGAAAUCAGAAAGCUGAAGGAUGAACUAGAACAGCAAAAGCGGACGGUGCACAUGGAAAGGCAAUUGGCAGAAAGGGAGGCUUACUGGGUUUCAAGGCAGCAAACAGCCAGAGAUGAUGUUUUGAGUCAGAAUGAGAUACUUGAAACCAUCUUUACCUUGUUACGGGUUGCUUCCUUUGUCUUCACUCUGUUUAGGGAUUAAACUUCAUGAAAAUCUGUCUAUAUUUCCUGCAUAUUUUCGGGUGCUCCUGCCCCAUGUAAGUCAGAGCAUUCUCCUUUUUCUCUGAGACUCUCAGGGCUAAGGAGAAUAAAGUUCACUAUUGAUAAUUGGUAUGUGUUUGAUUGAUUUAACAGGAAAGGGAUACAUUCUCAACUUGUGAAACUCCAAAGCAGAAAGCAUUGAUGCUCCCUAAUUUGUAAAUUCUUUCUCAGAGACACUAAGACAGGGAAUGCAGGAGACCAAAGAAGAUGACCCCGAGCUUUCUCUAUUUAUCCCUCCCUAGAAAAAAUUUCUCCUCUAGAUUCUUUCUAGAUUGGUAGGUGAUCUUCUCCUACAGCUUUUUCUCACUUAAUUUGUCUUUAGACUGCACUGAUCAUCUUACCCUUAGAGUUUAUUAGAAGGAUCAAUUCUUUCCAUUAGUUAAGCUUACAGAAGGAGAUACUGAUAGAAAUCUUUCUAGAUGAAUGGAAAUUUGUUCACUUAUAAUUUUACUGAAGGCCUCAAAUUGUUCCUUAUUAACUGAUCAUUACAAACAAAGAGUUCUCUGGCAAAUAGAUCUUUCAGAACUCAACUACGUGAAAUGCCAAAAGGCGCAAAAGAUAUUGAACAGAUAAGAGAACAAUGCUUGGUGUAUUCAGGUGUAUUUGUAGGAAAUCUUUGACCAACAACAACCGGUUUGCUGAAAGUCAAUUCUCUCCUUUUCCUGUGAAACUAACAGCUGCCCCAUGCAGAUGAAUUGUUUGCUUAUUGUUAUUUUAAUAAAACGUUUCUGUUCUCUCAUA